UAAAAAGUCGUUUGGGAUGAGUUUAAUACUUAUCAGGUAUUUAUGAUCUCUUGAUACUUCGUAUUUUCAAACACACUUAUUAAACUCGUUUCAUAUAGGAUGGAGAUAAUCAAUUAAGAACCAAACUCUUUUGAACCUGGUUUCAUCAUUCAACUAUCCUAUUAAACUUAUUAUUAAACUUAUAAUUAUGGAUCUCCUAUUAAACUUAUAAUUAUAGAUGCUUUUAAAAUACCAAUUUGUGGAUAUUACUAUUCCAAAAUACCAGUUUUCAAACAUAUAAAAACUGAUUUUUAUGUAGUAAAAAAUUUGUUGUUUUCAGUUAUUAUUUUUUCAGUUUAGUAAAAAAAGUGUUGUUUUCAUUUUUUUUUAAAUUUGUAGUUAAUACAAUGUUUUAAUAGUUUUCUAAGACCACUUUUCACCCUUGUAUUAUCUUUGAUAUCCAGACUUUUAUUUUUUGAAAAUUAAAAAUUAUAGAAAUACAAAAUACUGACAAAUAAGGCUUCUCGGUGUGGUAUGCGGUUUGGAACCGCGGUUACGCCACGUGGGACAGGAACACCGCCCCUAGGGUGCGGUUUGGGGCAGUCGAGACCGCACUACGGCCUUUGAAGACCGUGUUUCCUGAUUGGCUGUUCCUUUUUCUUUUGACCGUUCAAAGAAACUCAGCCCACUCGAGCAGCGACUAAAAGAAAAGAGAAGGCGGAGGCUAGAUGUUGGGAACCUUUGGAAGCGUUAGUGUUGGCACAAUCUUGGAUCGAUAUUUCAGAAGAUGCGACGGUUGGAAAAGACCAAAAGUAUGACCGCUUUUGGAUUCGCGUUUUACACAGGUUCCAUAAAUGAAUGAACCGUGGAGAAUACCGUUCAAAACAUUAAGUGUACUCCAAACGGAGGAAGAUGAACAAGGAAAUCAUGUUGUUUAAUGACUUGUGGAACAACAUGAAACGUCAAUGGAAAAGUGAAGAAAGCGAUGAAGUCAUUUUGAAGAAAGCGUUGAAAGUGUAUCAAAAAGAAAAUCUGAAGGCUUUCAAAUUUCUUGAAGUUUGGAAUUUUUUGAAAGAUAACAGGAAAUGGUUGAGUAGCAAAACAUCUGACCAACAUAUCGACAGUGGGUCAAAACGCAGCAGAACAUCUAAGUCCGACCACACUACAUCAGAUGUUCGUGUUCAAUUUGAUCUGAACGAAGAUGAACCUGUUCCAGUUUCACCACCUUCCCGACCAUUGGGAAGAGACAAAUCAAAAAGUAAAGGCAAAGACAAAGCGUCGGAUUCAGAUGAUUUGAAAGAAAUGGGAACCGACAUGAAGGAUAUAAAAGAAAGAAUGGACAAGAUUUUGAAAAUUGCUUCCGAAAGAGAGCUUCGGAAACAAAAGGAGAACGACAUGCGAAUACUAGCAAUGGACAUCUCGAAUAUGACCGGGGCCGAGCUUGAAGUGGUUUUGGCGAUGAAGGAGGAAGUGAAAAACCGUUACAUUAAUCAUGGCUAAUUUUUAAUUUUUUUUUUCAAGUUUUUAAUGGUUUCUUGUGUGUUUUUUUUAAGUUGUUGGUUUUUUGUUUCUACUUUGUUUUUCUAAAUUUUUAGGGUUUUUUUUUUUUUUUUUUUUUUUUUUUUAAAUUAAGUAAUGUAUGGUAUUUGUAUUUUUAAUUAAUGAAAUAUUAUGUUUUUAAAAUUAUGUUUUUUUUUAUUAAAAAUAAGUUUUAUUAAAUUAAAAUAGUUAACAAAAAAAAAGAAAAAAAAAAUUAAAACUGUGGCACCACACCCUUGGUGUGGCAAGAAACCACAUUUAAGUGGUAAAAAGUGACGUGACGCUUACGUGGCGAGGGAGGGAGUGCGGUUUCUGUGGCACCACUCCCUCCAGCCUAAAUAGGUUUCUUGGAAUUAGGUUUGGACUCCAUAUGAUUUUGACUUUAUUGACCAAAAGUGAUCAGUUUUUUUAAAAACCCCGGUUUUGUG